AUGGCAAGCAUUUGCAAGGAGGGUCUCAUCUACAGCUCCAAGUCUCGUUCCCGGCCACCUAAUGAGGCACUAAUCGACCCAGUUUACGGCCAGCGAAGCGCUCUUCCAGGCCUGGACGAUGUCUACGUCGCUGAUGAUUGUGUAGACUCCACCAAUGGUAUCGGGAUUGAAGCCCUAGCUUAUUUAAGAGCCGUGAGGCAGGAGGCAAUAGGUAUUCCGAAUAUCCUUGUUGCACCAAAUUCACCCUCCAAGGCUGACAGCGACUACAAAUUUAAUAUAAAAGUAGGCAAUUCAACCAGCAAAUACGAAGACGGUGCGUACCUUUCUCUCUGCGAGGAUAUUCAUGAAUUAGAUCAGGAUAUCGACAAUCAGGAAGUCGAUAGUCAGAGUGGAUACUUUCAAUCUAUAUUGAUGAGAUACAAAGCUCUUCGGACUCGUCUACAACAGGAACCACCCGAUGAUCUGGUUUCUCAACUAGAUCCUAACAAACGGACUCAACUUGGCCCAUUAAACAGGAAUCUCUCUAAAUGGUGGAUCGACCACAUGAAAAAUACCGACCCAAAUCCUAUACAAAUUGCUUGUAUGAAUAAAAUUACUGUCCUAAGGUUAUUGGGGUUGCUUUCCCAAGGUACCGUCCUGAAGAGUGGAUUGAAAGUUGGCGUGAGCGUCAGCCGAUGGUCAUGGAGUCUACUAGCAAGACUGCCAGAGAAAGGUAACUUAACGAGCGAAGAAAUUGCAGUCAUAAGAGAGCUAGCAAAAAAGGCCAUCUCGAUUGGUAUAAGCUUGGAGGAAAUUAAGAGCAAUGAUACUAGCUUACAGGAAUCCCAAGACGAAUUCAACGAUGUUUUCUACGCUGAUCAAGCUUGCGAGUCUAUCGAUGACUCGCUAAACACGCAACAAACCAAAGACAAUGAGCUUAAACCAGGUAGUGGCAUAUUCUCGCUCCCUGAGGUACUGCAUUCGGAGAAAAUUGAGUCAACUCCAUUAGAUGAAAGCUUGAAAGACUCUAUUCAAGUUCCAGAAGACUGUGAAGAGCUACAUGAUAUUUCUCUUUCAUUUAAUAUGUCGAUUGAGGGACUUCAAAAAAGUCUGACAGAGAAGGAGCUAUCUGGCCAAUCAUCAAAGUCUAACAUUUCAAAGCUUGAAUCGGAGGAUUUGUUAGCUGCCAAAUCACGGAUAAUACAACGACUUCAUGAGGAUGGGUACCAAGAAACGGUAAACUUGGAACCUGAAAUAACAUCGCAAUAUCCUUUCCAAGGUCAUUCCUAUUCCUUGUCAACAUAUAAUUUUCCCGCGACGGUUGAUAUGAUCUUAACGAUCGUUGGAGAGGCAUAUGGACAAAGAGAUCUUCUGGAACGAAGAGUUAACUGGGGCUAUCAUCUGUAA